AUGGCAUCCCAAGACCUCCAGAUCCCCUCUUACGCCCUUGCCGUCCUGACUGCGGGCGGUGGCAUCGCCGGCUACGCCCGGACGCGCUCUGUCCCAUCCAUCGUUGCCGGAUGCGCUGUCGGCCUUCUCUAUGGCCUUGGUGGCUACCGCAUCCAGAACCACGAGUCGUACGGUGUUGAACUGAGUCUUCUCGCGUCCGCCGUCCUCGGUGGUUCCGCCAUUCCCCGCGCUAUCCGUCUUCGCAAGCCCGUGCCCAUCCUGCUGAGUGUGCUGUCCCUCUUUGGUCUUUACACUUUUGGCAGCGAGUUCCGCCGUGGCUUGUAA